ACAAGAACAUGGCGCCCUACUCCCUUACGUCACCGGCUUUCUGGCAGGAAGAAAGCCGCCUAUCAGAGACCUCCUCCACCCACAGACGCACUUGGAGUCACGUGGGAGAACCGGCGCUCGCCCUAUAAAAAGCGUGCUGUUGACGUCAGCGUUCUCUUCCGCCUGUUUGUCUGCUGUGAGGCAGACAGUCCGCCGAGGCUUUUUUCCCGUGAAGAGAAUCCACCGUCAUCCGCCAAAAUGGUGAAUUUCACGGUUGACCAGAUUCGUGCCAUCAUGGACAAAAAGGCAAAUAUCCGCAACAUGUCUGUCAUAGCCCAUGUGGAUCAUGGAAAGUCCACUCUGACAGACUCGCUGGUGUGUAAAGCUGGCAUUAUUGCCUCUGCUCGUGCUGGUGAGACGCGUUUCACUGACACUCGUAAGGAUGAGCAGGAGCGGUGCAUUACCAUCAAAUCUACUGCCAUCUCCCUCUUCUACGAGCUUUCUGAAAAUGACUUGGCUUUCAUCAAGCAAAGCAAAGAUGGUUCUGGCUUUCUUAUCAACUUGAUUGACUCACCUGGCCAUGUCGACUUUUCCUCUGAGGUCACUGCUGCACUACGUGUCACUGAUGGCGCUUUAGUUGUUGUGGACUGUGUAUCUGGGGUGUGUGUACAAACUGAGACUGUGCUCCGUCAGGCUAUUGCUGAGCGUAUCCGCCCUGUCUUGAUGAUGAACAAGAUGGACCGUGCUCUCUUAGAACUGCAGCUAGAACCAGAGGAACUCUACCAGACUUUCCAACGUAUAGUAGAAAAUGUGAACGUAAUCAUUUCCACCUAUGGUGAGGGUGAAACUGGCCCAAUGGGAAACAUAAUGAUUGACCCAGUUCUAGGUACUGUUGGCUUUGGCUCUGGAUUGCAUGGCUGGGCUUUCACCCUGAAACAGUUCGCUGAGUUGUAUGUAGCAAAGUUUUCUGCAAAGGGAGAAGGUCAAUUGUCACCAGCAGAUCGGGCUAAAAAAGUGGAAGACAUGAUGAAAAAGUUGUGGGGUGACAGGUAUUUUGACCCAGCAAAUGGCAAAUUCAGCAAAUCUGCCAACAAUGCUGAUGGCAAAAAGCUGCCAAGAACCUUCUGUCAGUUGAUCCUGGACCCAAUUUUCAAGGUGUUUGAUGCCAUUAUGAACUUCAAAAAAGAAGAGACUGCAAAGUUGAUAGAGAAAUUGGACAUUAAGCUUGACAGUGAGGACAAGGACAAGGAAGGCAAACCUUUGCUUAAGGCUGUUAUGAGACGAUGGCUUCCAGCUGGUGAAGCACUUCUUCAAAUGAUUGCCAUCCAUCUGCCUUCACCUGUGACUGCUCAGAAAUACCGUUGUGAACUUUUAUAUGAGGGACCCCCAGAUGAUGAAGCUGCCAUGGCUGUUAAGAACUGUGAUCCUAAAGGACCAUUGAUGAUGUACAUAUCCAAGAUGGUGCCCACAACCGAUAAGGGCAGAUUCUAUGCUUUUGGACGUGUGUUCUCUGGUGUUGUGUCUACUGGCCUCAAAGUUAGAAUUAUGGGACCAAACUUUACACCUGGAAAGAAAGAAGAUCUUUAUCUGAAGCCAAUUCAGAGAACUAUUCUGAUGAUGGGACGUUAUGUAGAGCCCAUUGAAGAUGUACCCUGUGGCAAUAUUGUUGGUCUGGUUGGAGUGGACCAGUAUUUGAUAAAGACUGGAACAAUCAGCACCUUUGAACAUGCACACAACAUGCGUGUUAUGAAGUUCAGUGUGAGCCCUGUUGUCCGUGUUGCUGUGGAAGCUAAAAACCCUGCUGACCUACCAAAACUUGUAGAAGGCUUGAAGCGUCUGGCAAAAUCUGACCCUAUGGUGCAGUGCAUCAUUGAAGAGUCUGGAGAACACAUCAUUGCUGGAGCUGGUGAGCUGCACUUGGAAAUCUGUCUGAAAGAUCUUGAAGAGGAUCAUGCUUGCAUUCCAAUCAAGAAAUCUGAUCCAGUUGUUUCUUACCGUGAGACAGUAAGUGAGGAAUCAAACCAACUCUGCUUGUCAAAGUCUCCUAACAAGCACAACCGUCUAUACAUGAAGGCCCGUCCUUUCCCUGAUGGCCUUGCUGAGGAUAUUGACAAGGGAGAUGUGGCUGCACGUCAAGAGCUUAAGACUAGGGCACGUUAUCUGGCAGAGAAAUAUGAAUGGGAUGUUACUGAAGCAAGGAAGAUCUGGUGCUUUGGUCCUGAUGGCACUGGGCCAAAUAUACUCACUGAUGUCACAAAAGGAGUCCAGUACUUGAAUGAAAUAAAGGACAGUGUAGUGGCAGGAUUCCAGUGGGCUACAAAGGAGGGUGCUCUUUGUGAAGAAAACAUGAGGGCUGUUCGUUUUGAUGUGCAUGAUGUGACCCUUCAUGCUGAUGCCAUUCACAGAGGAGGUGGACAGAUAAUCCCCACUGCCCGUCGCUGUCUCUAUGCUUGUGUAUUAACAGCACAACCCCGUCUGAUGGAACCAAUUUAUCUUGUAGAGAUCCAGUGCCCUGAACAAGUGGUUGGAGGAAUCUAUGGGGUAUUGAACAGGAAGCGUGGACACGUGUUUGAAGAAUCUCAAGUUGCUGGCACACCAAUGUUUAUUGUUAAAGCUUAUUUACCUGUCAAUGAAUCAUUUGGCUUCACUGCUGAUCUACGAUCCAACACCGGUGGUCAAGCUUUUCCUCAGUGUGUGUUUGACCAUUGGCAGAUUCUCCCUGGUGAUCCUUUUGAUAACACAACAAGACCUAGCCAGGUUGUGGUAGAAACCCGUAAGAGAAAGGGUCUGAAAGAGGGUGUUCCAGCCUUGGACAACUUCCUGGACAAGCUGUGAGCUUUGUAUGUGCAUACUUAAUCAUCUGAUGGACUUGAUAACUACUUGUGACACCUUAAAAAAUUUUUGCAUCAUAAAACAUUUGCUCCUCACGUUAAUGUCAGACUAUCUAUGGCCCAUCUUGGUGCUAUAGCACUUAUCAAAGUGUAACACUUAAGCAUUUAGUCUGUAACCAAGUGGGAGUAUAGGGACUGCUUAAGCAUUCAGAAUCCUGUUCCUUCACAGCAUGAAUCAGCAUUGUAUUGGUGCCAUUAAUAAAACUUGUAUUUGA